GGCACUGGUGACCGUCACGCUUGCCAACACCCCAUGGGAGGGAAACCUGUGACGCCGCGGUUGAUUUCACCAAGGACUAUAUAAAGGCGAGAACCACCUGCCUGGGAUCACUUUCUUCCAGCGUGACCACCAGGGCGUCAUGGCUCCGCUCAGACUGAUCCUGCUGGUGGCUGUCACCUGCCUGUUACUAGCUGAGGCUCGUCCCCGCUACCUGCUGGUAGCCCUGCCUGACUCCCCUCCCUUAGUGCGGCACACACGCUCCCUGCGCCAGUACCAGCCCUCCAGGCCCGCCCCUAUCCAGGCCUACGAGCAAUAUGUUCCAGUGCAGGUGGUAGAGGAGGAGUCCCCGGAGCACCUGGCCCAGGCCUCGGACCUGUACCAUCACCGCGCUGACCCUUACGACCACAAUGACCAUGUGGACUACGGCGCUUACACAGGAGGCUACGGAGCCUUCGGCUGGUACUCAGACCACCCCGUGUGUAUCAACUGCGGCCAUUACCACUGAGUAUCGCCAUCACCUCCACCAACAUCCAUUCACCAAGAGUCCUCCGUGGAAAUCUCACCGCAAAUCACUCUUCUCGUGGCGAACUUCCCUAACGGGACUGACUUAAGAGUUCAUCAUGGAAUAAUCUCUGGGGAUAUCUUAUAUGUGGAAUGUUCGUGAGGAGAUUCACCAGGAGGAGCUGAGGCUGCAGACUUCCCUACUACCACAGGACACCGCCACUGCCCGGCUCCCUGGACACCACACCACCAAAUCUAGUCCGCUAUAUUUAGGAAACAUUUAGAUCCUACUUUGUUCCCUAUUGUUAUUAAAUUAUUAUAUUUUUCAGUAAUAAAGUUCGUGUUUUCA